AUGACUGCCGUGCACAAGAGCAUGAACGGAUACGGAGGGCUGCCAGGAUGGAAAUGGGUGUUCCUUAUCGACGGUAUCAUUACCCUGCCAGUUGCCGCUGCAGGCUUCGUCUGUUUCCCAGACAUUCCCGAACAGACAAAGGCACACCUGUUCAGUCUCAAAGAAGACGACAUCAAGCUGGCCAUCAAGCGCCUGCCGCCCAAGAGGGAGGAUGCGCAUAACGUCUCGCCCUUAUCGCUGGCCAAGCGUAUUCUCGGCAAACCAUACUUUUACGUCCUCGGAGUAUUUUCGAUUGUUACUGGCGCGCUCGAGGCCUUUUGUGUGCAAUCGCUUUUCCUUCUUUGGAUGAAGUUCCACAGCGACCGCUACACAAGCUCCCAGAUCACAACGUACCCGCUGGGCGUACAGGCGGUCGCCAUUGUGUCCAACAUCGGUGCCGCCAUCUACAUGGAUUCAACGGGUCACCGGCUGCCCAUCGGGUUCUUGGCGUGCGGGCUGCAGUUGAUCUCUGCGGUGCUUAUCCUCAUCCCCACGAUUCCGGACGGGGCAACCUUUUUCGCGUACUACCUUGCGGGCACGAGCUAUAUGGUCAACCCGUUGUUGUUCGGCUGGGCCAACAUUAUUCUGAAGAGAAGCGGCGACGAGGCGGCCCGAAGCGUGUUGCUGUACUGGCUGAACGCCAUCCAGAGCACUUUGUACACUUUCUGGGGCAUUGCGCUGUACCCUGCGAACGAGGCGCCGUACUGGCGGAAGGGCGGAAUCACCAUGUGUGUGGUUGUCGUUUUGAUGGCCGGCCUGAUGUGGGCGAUGAAGUGGCUGGACAGGAAGUCGCUUGCCGAGCAGCUUGUCGAGGAUGGGGAUAGCGCCGCGGAAGUGAGCAAAGCCUCGGAUGCCGGGAGUCAGAAAUGA